AUGUUGAGCGGAGGAUUUCACAGCAGUGGUCCAUUUUCAGCUCAUCCUGAAAGGGUGCUUGUCAGCGUUUUUGGUAUAGCAGUGGGGAGCGCGAUUUUUGGCUACUAUUUGGGUUUAUACUUAAGAAAAAAGAAAAAUAGAAUAAACCAUCUGAUCAAGCUGUCUACAGGAAAGGUUGUUGAUAUAAUCGAUAUGGAAGAUUUGGGUGAUAAAAAAGUCUUUUGUCGAUGUUGGAAAAGCGCAGAAUUUCCAUACUGUGAUGGCACUCAUACAAAGCAUAACGAAUGUACGGGAGAUAACGUUGGACCGUUGAUAAUAAAGAAGAAAGAUUGA